AUGUGCUACCACAGAUUCUACAUCUUCACCAUCUGCGGGCACUCGUUCUGGCAGGCCGGCCCGCUCGCGCAGUGCCGCGACGCAUCUUUCCCGGGCCCAUCACUCAACGCCGAUGGUACGACGUCCUUGGCCUUCUCCACCACCUGCCAGCCGCGCUCGCACCCGUUCCAGACCCGCAAGCUCUACACGCUGUGCUUGCACUGCGCCAGGCAGCGCGCAGGGCUGUUGGCGCAGGCGGAGACGAGAACAGAGGAGCUGCGCUUCGAGGAGGAGAAGUGGCGCGUCACGUACCAGAGCCCGCAGGCGGACGAGAACGCGUGGAGGAACUGGGGGAACAGGGCGGCGGCAGGGCGGAGGGGGCGGAUGAGCGAUGUUGUCAGGGCCAGGCUGAGGAGGAGUGCUGGCGGUGAUGAGAGGAGGUAG